GGCUUUAUGGUGCUCCUUCAGAGCUGAAUUGUGUGCACGCAGUGCCAAAGGAGCACCGUGAUGCCACGCUCCAUGUGGAGUGGUGUGCAGUGUCACGCUGCCAUGGGGGGCAGAGUCGAGGCACAUGCUGUAUGAACGCCAUGCCCCAAUUCCACCACCAGGCUGACCUUAAUGGCCGGUAUGCACAGCCUCUUAAGUCUCAAAGGUGUUACAAGAUCUCUAUAUAUACUGUUUCUACAGAUUAACAUGGCUAUAUCUUGAAUUCUACCACAAUGAAGCUUAGAUAGAUGUCAAGAAGGUCUAGACUUUGCUAGUCUCAGCAAAGAAGAAGCUAGAAUUGAAUGGAAACUUGGACAGAACACAGACUGCGGAGUUCUCAUAAAAGGGGGAGCUGUUGCUUCUGCAGAGUUCUAGGGCCUUCUGAAAAGUUAUAAAUCAGGCACAGGUAACGUUUGCUCCUCUAGAUGUUGUGGGAAUGCAACUUCCACUAACCCCAGCCAGCAUAGCCGAUGGUGAGAGAUUAUGAUGAUGAACUUGGUCUGCUGUAACAUCCAUCAUUCAAAACCUGCCAAGUAGUUAUCCCUUUUGGAAAGUCAUUUGUAUUUGAAAGGGAUUUUAACAGCUGUUUGCUGUAAGUGAAAUCUGAUCAGGAAUGGUUUAUAAAAGAGGCAUAUGUGCAUGCUCUGUGUUGUACUCUAUAGUAUCAGGAGCGAUGAGGUCACCAGACAUGUUACCAUUUCAGCUGGCACUUGGGAUUGUGUUCUGAGAUCCAGUUUUGGAUGGGCUUCAGUCACAUACUUAACUGAUUCCAAAAUGGUGGGGGCGAGAAUUUUAUCUGGCAGUACAGAGAAAAAAAUAGACUGUAUAUUCCAAAAAAGCAUAUAUACUCAUGUACAAGUCAGCCUCAUGUCUAAGUCAGUGGCAGGUUUUGAGGCCAAAAUCAUAGAUUUUGAUGUGACCCACGUGGAUAAGUUGAUGAUAAAAUAGGCAUGUAACAAAGGAUCUAAAGGGUAAAACACCCCUCCCUCCUUCUCUGGACCUUUCCCAACCAGCGAACACUACUUCCCUAUUGCUGGAGGAGAAGGUUUUAACUUCAGAUUGAGAAGAGAAGGAAAAUGGAGUUUAGUGGGCAGGAGAGAUCCCGAGAGGGAGGUGGAGGAGGAUGAGAGAAAGUUUUAGCAUCGGAUUGAGAAGGUUAAUCACCUCUUUCACACACACUCCCUGCCUCAGCAGCUCAUUCAGAAAUCACUGCAAAGGCAUGGAUAGUGAGGCAUGGGGCUGGUGCUUCUUUCAGGAUCUUUCAAAGCAGUGUUACUGUAUUGACCCAUAUAUAAGUCGACCCAGGAUUUUGGGUUCAAUUUUUAGGCAUAGAUUUUUUUAACUAGUUGAGUAUAUAUGGUACUUGCUGAGUUCUUUUAUUUUCCAACAGAGAGAGAGGGGGAAAGUGCAAUCUCUGAGCAGUUGAAUCCAGAGAGAGAUGACACAAGGCAUCCUCAGGCAGCUGGUGCAAGGGAAGCAGCAAAUGCUGCUUUCAUCCCAAAGUGCAUUACAGAUAAAAAAUACACCUUAACAGCUGUUGUCGUCUUUACAAUUUUGAUCAUUACUAUUAUUUCAUUGGCAGUUAAGAAACCACAACCAUGUCCAGUUUGUCCUCCGCCUAUUGAUGCUGCCUGUCCAGAUGGUUGGGUUGGGUACCAAGGAAAAUGCUACUGCAGAUCAGAAUCUGAAAAGAACUGGAGCAGCAGUGAGAAGCAUUGUUCAUCACUUGAUGCUUAUUUAGCUGUGAUUGAUACCAAGCGGGAUCUCGACUUUUUGGUGAACUUUACUCGUCCCCUUCAUUACUGGAUUGGCCUCUCAAAAGAAGCAGGACAGAUGUGGAAGUGGCCUAAUGGCACAGAGUUGAAAAAUCAGUUUUCAGUACGAGGAGAAGGUGACUGUGCAUACAUAGAUGACAUCGGGCUCAGCAGUACCAGGUGCUAUGUAGAUAACCUCUUUCUCUGCAGCCAGGAAGAUGCUUGCGUCAGGAGGAGAAAACAAAGCAUGAGCAAAAGGGAUAGUUUGUGAUCUGUGUCCAUGUGAAACGAGUAAUGUCCAGCUCUUCAAAGAUGCCAGUAUCAAUGGAGAAGCCUCUCUCUUUCCAUUGAAGCCUACACCAGAUGUUGGAACACUGUGGCCCCAGCAUCCAUCGUUUUUCUGAAGAUGCUUUCUUUGAGGAUGCCAGCCACAGCUGCUGGCAAAAUGUCAGGAAAAAACACUUCUAAAACACAGCCUCAUCACCCCAAAAACCAACAAAAAAUAUGUUGAAAACCAAGUUUUUCAAGUGUUGAGAAAUUCUGAAAAGAAGAAUCCUGAACUGGCAAUAAUAUUUUGCAGUUUGGGACAUGCUGCGUAAAAUUUACAUGUAGUUGAUUUGCUCAAAAAACAGCAUGUUCUGCACUGGAAGCACAUUUUUCUGUGCAGAAAAAUCAAUCUGUGCAGAAAAUGGUGGUUUUUCUUUACAAAAUGACUAUGUACAAAUUUUGUGCAGAAUAAAUCCCGAAUUGUGAAUAGGCUUCAAAACUUUCAAAGACUUUCCUGCAUCAGAAGCAAAUCACUAAAAUUACACAUGCUUCUUUGAGGUGAAAAUUAAUGAUGAGUAAGAUCCCUAAUUAAGAGACUGAGUUACAAAUUGGGGAGUCCCUGAGUUUGAAUCUCAUGUAUGGUACAUGUUCACAGCCCGACUGUAAACCAAUCUGAUAAUAAUACUGACCAAUUUUACAAGAUUUUUGUGAAAAUAAUAAUGCAAAUAAUAAUAAUUAUUUAAUACAAAACAUUAAGUAGCAACUAAAGUCAUCAAUGGAAAUGCAAUUGAAAGGCAGUUCAGUGUAAUGGUUAGAGUGUUGACUUGGGACUUUCAACACUUUUGACCAAUCUGAUAUGCAUCGGCUUGGGCUGCUAUGACUUUCUGUGAAGCAGUUGUCACUUUUGAUCUUCUGCCGCAUACCAAGGUAGCAGGAUAAGAAUUGAGGGCCUGGAUGCUGCUGCUUAUUGCAGUGUCCAGUUUUGUUGUAAUGUGCCUUCAAGUUGUUUCUGACUCCUGGCAAUCCUCUGGUGAACCUAUCAUGGGGUUUCAUAGCUAAGAUUAGUUCAGAGGGGGGUUGUCAUUGCCUUCCUCUGAGGCCAAGAGUGUGUGACUUGCCCAAAGUCACCCAGUGGGUUUCCAUGGCCGUGUGGGAAUUCAAACCCUGGUCCCCAGAGUCCUAGCGCAACACCCAAACUGCUACACUAGGUUCAAGGCUAGAAAUGUUGAGGGAGGAUGUCCAGACUUCACACUCAUGAUGCAUCAAGCUGUUAUUUCAUAGGAAAAAAAGUGCAAAAUAGUAGCCAAGGUGUACUUGGGCAUGUCCCAGCUGCCCUUUAUCACCUGGGGGAAAAGAUAAGCUUCUAUCCCCUCCCCCAGCUAAGGCUCCCCUAAAGGCCUCUGGGACCAUUACAAAAACCUCUCAGAGGCCUUUAGGGGACCCUUAGCUGAGGGAGGGAGAAGAAGCUGAUCCUUCUUCCCCAGAUGAUAAAGGGCAGCUGAAACAUGUCCAUGUACACCCUGGCUGAUGUUUUACACUUGAGGAAAAAGCAGGGACAAGGAAGCAGUCUUGCCCCCACCCCAGAUAAAGGCAUAAGUACGCAUGAGACGUCAUAGUGCUCCAGUCGUAUGCUUAUUGGGUCUUUUUUGAGACAGAUUGGAAUAUUCUUGGGACAAGAAUUUGUUCUCUGGUAAUCUGUAAAGCACCAUGCACACUAAUAAUGGCACAAUAUAGAAUAUUGUUAUUCCUGCUAUGAUCUUCUAUGUAAUUUUUUUAUUAUAAAGGUUUGUCAGUUUCUAAUUAUUUAAUUAUUUUUUUACUCACUGUGGGUUGAAUAUACUUUGUGUUGUUGUUGUUAAUGUUAUUCAUAAUUCCUAUGCCCUAGGGUGGUCUGUAUCAUAAUAGUUCUAAGUAAAUGGGUGUCAGGACAUUACCGCGUGUGGCUUUUAAACUGCAGGUACAUUGGGAAUCAGCUUUGGCAAUACCAAUCGCAUGAUGAUGACACAACCCAUAUCUGCUCUGAGCUCAACAUGUCCUUUUCCAUUUGCAGGGGAAACCCAUGAAUGACCAAGGGAAUAACUUUCCCCUGCUAUUUAUGUUCUUUUUUUUUUAAUGAAGCAGCAAAGCUGUGGGGAAAAAAACACCCACUCAAAAAAAAUCCCUAAGGACAUGCUGGGAAGGGAAAGGCUGGGAGGAGAAGUUAAGGGAUUAUGGGAGAGCUCAAGAUCUAUCUAUCUAAUAUAUCUAUUGUUGUUGCUGCUGCUGUUCCCAUGGCCUAUGUCCCAUGUCAUAUAUGUUUUUUGGUGAAUGUUUCUCUUAAUUAUUUAAUGAUUUUAUCAUUCAGCAUAGCCUGAAAAUACCUUGAACCUACAGAAGACUACCAUUUUGAAACCUUCUGGCUGAGAGUUAAUUCAUCUGACUGACCGCGGUGGCAUAGUUAUUCCAAACAGACUCUACACACGCUUCUAAUUUAUACUUUAAAUAAAGAGCAAAAUUCUGCCAGGUGCAAUUUUUCCAAUCUUCACAGAAAUAUAAUGACUAGAAAAUUUAAUAAGCAUUUUCAUUUCAUCGUUAUUUUUUUACAUAGUAUUUCUAAGGUACAGAAACUAUUUUAGGAUCUGAAUUAAGUAACUGAUGCUUUACUUUCUGAAAUAAUUUUUUUCUGGGUCAAAUUCAGGAUUCUACAGCAUGAAGUUUUAUUCAGUGCUUGCUUGACAAAUUUUCUGUGUGAUUUAAGCUUGCUCUUUGGACCAAUUUGACCUGGAGUUAUAGUUUUGGAUUGGGAGAGUUGGUUCUCUGGCCCAGGGUCAGUUGUUGAACUUGAAGUAGAAGUCAAAAGGAACAUAAUGACUUAUAAUGUUCAUAAAGGCCACCCACAUUAGUGCCUAUUGGUGACAAGGUGCAGUGUAAAUUCAUUUUCAAAUGGAGAACCAAGGUUCGCUGCCUCUUAUUACCUUUCUUGUUACAUUAAGAUGAGGUCAUUGGGAUUAAGCUGGUGAGUUUAAUUAUAUACAACUAUCUACAACCAUGUCAGUUUUAUUUUUAAAACCCUGGGUAGUGUGCUAUUUAUUUAACCCAACUGUAUGGAAUUUUACAGUUAAAGUUGUUCUGUUGUGUGUGUGUGUGUGUGUGUGUUUGUGACACUCUAUCAUAAACCAAAGAGGAUUAUCUGUUUUACACUUAUAGCAAAAACAAUACUGAAUAAUAAAUAUUAAUCAGAAUUACCCAUCUACCACUUCACU